AGAUCCCCCAAAGUGAUGUUGAAGGUUGUGAAGGUCCUACUUCAUAAUCAAGACAGAGUACUGGAGACAUAUGCAGUUCUAGACGAUGGUUCAGAGCGAAGCAUCAUCUUGCCAUGCGCUGUGAAACGCCUGAACCUCAUUGCGCAGCCUGAAACACUUACCCUCCGAACUGUUCAUCAAGAUGUGGUGCAGCUUCAUGGUGCAUCAGUUGCCUUCUAUGUGUCUUCACUGCCCAAACCUGAAGAGAAAUAUCACGUACGUCAGGCGUUCACCGCUGACAACCUGGGACUCUCAGAACAUUCAUAUCCAGUGAGAAUCCUCCAACGGAGAUAUAAGCACCUCCGCCACCUACCUUUGCCUCUGGUAGAUCGUGCUCAACCCCUGUUGCUCAUUGGAUCCGACAUGGCUCAUCUCCUGACACCUAUAGAGCCGGUGCAGUUGGGACCCCCCGGAGGACCCAUUGCAGUCCACACCAAGCUUGGCUGGUCACUUCAAGGUCCCACCAGUGUCGACCAAGUUCCUGCAUCCAACCAGCAGUGCCUGUUUACAGCAACAGUCUCGCCUACCUCUGAACUCUUCAAGAACGUCGAACGCCUUUGGCAGAUCGACACGCUGCCGUACACAAGCGAGAAGCAGGUGACCCGAUCAAAGCAAGAUCAGCAAGCCUUAAACCUGCUCCAGACAUCUACUGUUAGGGUCAAUGUCGAAGGGGUCCAAAGAUACGCUACACCGUUGCUUCGCCGAGCCAACUCCACCACACUUCAAGCUUCUAUGGAAGCAGUGUUGCCUAGUCUUCGUGCUACUGAGAGGCGACUCGCCAAAGACCCACAGCGCGCCGAGGUCUAUUGUCAGGAGAUCUACAAACUAGAGAAGAUGGGCUACGUAGCAGUGGUGCCUCUAGAGGAAGCAACAUCAACUCCGGAAUCCUGGUUUAUACCUCACCAUAUGGUGCGACACAACAACAAAGACAGGAUUGUCUUCAACUGUUCCUUUCAGUAUGAAGGAAAAUCUCUCAACGACCUUCUUCUUCCUGGACCUGCCCUAGGCCCAUCGCUGCUAGGAGUCCUCAUUCGGUUUCGGCAGUACCCAGUUGCAGUUAGUGGUGAUAUCAAAGGUAUGUUCCACCAGAUUCGCCUUCUGCCAGCCGACAAACCUGUUCUGCGUUUCAUCUGGCGGGACAUGAAGAAGACCGAAGAGCCGAAGAUUUAUGAAUGGCAAGUCCUUCCAUUUGGUACUACGUGUAGCCCUUGCUGUGCCAUCUACGCCCUGCAGCGGCAUGCCCAGGACACGGGUGAGUCCGACAGUCAUCUCGUUGAUUGCGUUGGGCAGUCAUUCUAUGUAGAUAACUGUCUUCGCAGCACCCACUCAAAGGAGGAAGCGAAGGAUCUUGUUGAUGGUCUGCGCCAGCUACUCCACACGGGGGGCUUCGAGAUACGCCAGUGGGCUAGCAACACCCCGGAGGUCAUUGAGCAUCUUCCAUCCGACGUCAGAUCCGAGAGCAGUGAGCUGUGGCUUUCCCAAUCCAGCCUGGACCUGCAGGAGCCAACUCUUGGACUACGUUGGGAUUGCCUCCGUGACUCUCUAAAGUACAAACAUAGACCAGUGGAGAGAACUGAACCCACUUUGAGAAAUGUCUACAAGGUACUUGCUUGUCAAUAUGACCCCCUAGGUUAUAUUGUACCGUUUACCACCAGAGCCAAGAUUCUAGUUCAGGAUCUUUGGAAAAUACAAAUCGGCUGGGAUGAGCCGAUCCAGCCCCAGAGCCUCCGUGACAGAUGGCUUGCCUGGGAACAAGAGAUUCCAGAUCUCAUCCAGAUGGAGAUUCCCAGAUGUUAUGCACCAGCGUCUGCAGACUCGCCAACAUCAAGCAGAGAUCUGCACAUAUUCUGUGACGCUUCUGAGAGGGCCUACGGGUCUGUCGCUUACCUACGGACAGAAGACGCUCAGAAUGAAGUCCAUGUUUCCUUUGUCCUGGCCAGGUCCCGUGUGGCACCAAAGAAGCAGCUGUCCAUGCCACGGCUUGAGCUGAGCGCUGCACUUACCGGUGCGCAACUAGCCAGUGUUCUCCACACUGAGCUCACCUUACCCAUCAGUAGGAUCAUGCUCUGGUCCGACUCUACUACAGUUCUACACUGGAUCAAGUCGGAAUCCUGUCACUAUAAGGUCUUCGUGGGUACACGUGUGGCAGAGAUACAGAACCUUACAGAGGUGAGCCACUGGAGGUACGUGGACAGUGCGAACAACCCCGCUGAUGACAUCACUCGGGGCAAGACCCUGAAGGAGCUGUCUCGACCACAUCGUUGGCACCAAGGCCCUGAUUUCCUGCAUUAUGCAGAGGAUCACUGGCCGACCAGCCCAUCAUCCUAUCUGGAGACGGAUGAUAGUGAGCUGAGGAAAUCAUCCUUCUGCGGACACGUAACUGUAGAUACGUGCCUUCAACUCCCUGAUGUCAGCCAGUUCUCCACGUGGAAGGACUUGAUGCAGACGACCGCACGGUCCCUUCACGGGGCGGCCGACCCAAAUUCUGACUCACCCAGUGAAGCAGCUGACUACAUCAAGGCUGAGAAUCUCCUCCUGAGACGGGCGCAAUUGGAGUCAUUUCCAGAGGAGGUCAAAGCUCUCAUCUCAGACCGACCUUUGCCAGCUACCAGUCGUUUGGGCUCCUUAUCUCCUGAAUAUGACAAGGACGCAGGACUUCUCAGAGUCGGGGGGAGGUUGCGGAGAACGGAGCAGCUACCACAAGACACCAUCCACCCAGUCUUGCUAGACCCCAAGCAUCCACUGACCAACCUCAUCAUUCGAGAUUUCGAUGAGACCCUCCUGCAUCCUGGACCUGAAAGAGUGCUAGCUGAGCUACGUCGUCGGUUCUGGAUUCUGCGGGGGAGGGAAGCGGUGAAGAGGUGUCAGAGUUGUUGCAUGCAAUGCCAGGCAUGGCGAGCCAGCCCUUCUGUCCCUAAGAUGGCGGAUUUACCACCUGCUCGUCUACGCCUCUAUAAACCACCCUUCUAUUCGACUGGAGUCGAUUGUUUCGGUCCAUUCACAGUCAAGAUUGGGCGCAGAACAGAGAAGCGUUGGGGAAUCGUUUUUAAGUGCAUGACAACCCGUUGUGUGCAUUUAGACCUCUUGGAGAGCCUCGACACUGACGCCUUUCUGAUGUCUUUGCGACGUUUUAUCUCUAGAAGAGGCAAACCUUUCGAGCUCCUGUCCGAUAACGGAACCAAUUUCACUGGUGGAGCCAGAGAGCUACGCGUUGCCUUCGAGGCCAUGGUCCCUCAACUGAAGGAACAGUUGGCAGAACAGCAGAUUGAGUUCUGCUUCAAUCCCCCUAGUGCUCCCCACUUCGGUGGAGCGUGGGAGAGAGAAGUGAGGUCCGUCAAGACCGCUCUCAAGGUGGUACUUAAGGAGCAGUCCGUGCCUGAAACAGUGCUCCGCACAGUUUUAGUAGAAGUGGAGGGCAUACUGAAUGCUAAGCCCCUUGGUUACGUCUCGUCAGACGUAGCUGAUCCGGAUCCCAUCACGCCUAGCAUCCUACUAAUGGGACGCUAUGAUGCAUCUCUUCCACAGGUUGUUUACGACCCCAGUAAUACCCUAGGGAAUCGUCGAUGGCGGCACAGCCAAGUCCUCGUCGACCACUUCUGGUCCAGAUUUAUCAGUCACUAUCUGCCCAGCCUACAGGAGAGACAGAAGUGGCUGAAGGAUGGGAAACAGCUUGAACCAAAUCAAGUGGUGCUCAUCGUGGAUCCACAGCUCCCGCGAGCUUUAUGGCCUGUUGGGAAGGUAACAGCCACUUACCCUGGAGCUGACGGACGCAUCCGGACCGCUGCCAUCAAGGUCAAAGAUCGGACAUAUGUACGACCAGUAGCUCGUCUGGUCCAGCUCCCUAAGCUGGAAGACUCGGCGGAAGUUCCAGUUACUUGAGUGGACUUUCCAUCUUGGAUUCGACUGUCUGUGUAGACAGUCGGGGGCGGCUGUGUUGGAAAGCCCAUGUUGUUUAGGAGUUUUACUGUUCAGUUGUAUUGUAUUCUUGGUGACUUUUCAUAUGUCCGACACUCAUGAACGCACCAUAGCCAUUCCGACGCUAUUGAACGCACCACACGUGUGUGUGAGAUGCCGUACUGUCUAGGUUUCGUUUUUCCUCCUGAUAUAGCGGUGGAUGGCUCAUGAUCUUCCCUCGUUUGUUUCUCAACUUUCGCCUGUACAUCCUGGGUUUAUUGUGCGUAAAUGCCAGAGAACCACACACACACACUUCAAUAAAUCCAACACUAAACUGGACAUCUGCAUCCGUGUCUUUUAACGGGGACACACCCCAUACACCUUGCCGCUCUAUCAACAACCAGUUAAUUCCUGG